CAUAUGCAUUUCGGACGCAAAUAUCUAUUUCUUUAAUUCUAAAUAUUGAACCCUAUUUUUUUCAAAAUUAGUUGGUUAAACAAUUAUAUUGAUAGAAAUGUAAGAUUUCAUUAUAUUUCAUAAAAUAACAAAAUUGUGUGUAACAGACUUACGUGUGGUUCAAUAAUGAGGUUCAAAACAAACAGGCUAUUUAAGCACUUUCAAAGCUUUUACUGUAAACAAUUUAGUACUAUAAUAUGUCUUAAGAAUACAACUAUAAAGGCACAUAGUUCUCACGAAAAUCACUGGCAUUUUUCGCCCUUCGUAUGCGUCUAUUCGUCAGAUACUAAAAAGUCAUUUCAGAAUUUAGAAAAAAGAGCUGAAGCUUUAAAAGAUGCAUUUGAACAAAAAAAGGAACAAAUUAGAGAUACAGAACAAAAAAUUAGACUUAAAAGCGUGGAGUUUGUUCGCGAUAUUAAGCAACACAAGGAUGUAACUAGUAAAAAACUAAGAGUAAAAAAAGAGGUCCUAAUCAAAGAUAUUCUUGAAACUAAAGCUAAAGUCAAAGAAAAAAUUGAAGGAGUUGUAGAGAAAGAAAAUGUUUUUACUAUACCUAACAUAUUAUGCUUCACAAGAAUUGCAAUGUCUCCAUACCUGGGUUAUGUUAUUAUGCAAGAUGAUUAUCACCUGGCACUUGGUUUAUUGACGUUUGCAGGAAUCACAGAUUUGCUUGAUGGUUGGAUUGCACGUAACUGGAAAGGACAAGCUUCAAAAAUGGGGUCAUUCUUAGAUCCAAUGGCAGAUAAAGUUUUAAUAGCAACUCUAUUUAUUUCGCUCACAUGUCAAAACCUAAUACCUUUGGCAUUAACAUUACUUAUUGUUGCAAGAGAUGCUGCUCUAGUAUCUGCUGGAUUUGUUAUACGAUACAUAAGCUUACCUCCACCAAGAACACUUAGUCGCUAUUUUGAUGUGACUCAUGCUACGGCUCAACUCGCGCCCACAUUCAUAAGUAAAGUGAACACUGCAAUUCAGCUUUUAUUGGUUGGCACAACACUAGCAUCCCCAGUGUUUGGUUAUGUGGACCACCCUGCUCUACAAGCACUUUUUGGUGUCACCGCUGGAUCUACAGUUAUAUCAGCAAUAAGUUAUUUAACAAACAAAGAUACAUAUAAAGUUCUGAAGAAAUUAUGAUUGUGAAUUACUAUGUAUUUAUUGAUUGUCUUCCAAUCCCAGGAAAAUGCAUAUAAAAUCAACAUUUAUUAGACUAGGUGUAUGAUAAGUAAUUGUAUUCUGGCAACAUUAUAAAUGUUUUCUUUUUUCAAAAUAGAGGUAAGUAGGCUACAUGGGAUU